CUCCAGUAGCAGUUGGAUAAGAACUAUACUCCUGGUGCGUCCUCAUGUCGGCAAAAUACCCAUGGACCAUUUUCUUUCUCCCGGCUCUCAAAUCAUAAAUAUUUUUCCCGAAGUUUGAGCCUGAAGGUACUUACUAUCUUCUCUAUACCUCUCCCACACGACCUAGACCUACUGUUGUAGCGAAAUAACUCGAAAACAAGAAUGGCGCCUCCGCUGGCAGCUUGCGACACAAUGUUGCCAACAGCGAAAGAGCAGAACGAGUCGAAUUCAUGUCCCGGAGCCGAGAAGUCAUGUCCCGGGACCAUGUCCUCUCCACCACCGCGAGAGAAGCCAGUCGGUCGUUGGAGCUCAGGAGACACUACUAGACUGAAGAAAGGGCGCAGAAAAUAUAGUCGGAGCACUUUACGCGAUAACAAUCUGCUGCCUUCGAAUGAGCGAUAUCACUUAUCCAAGACAUUACCGAUUCCCCAGCGGCAGAAGCUCAUUGUGGAUACCUACAUCCAGAACUUCCUCUUUUUUUUAGAACGUGAAAACAAGUGUCGUCACUGUUGCUUCUUAAAUGAGUGGUGCAUCUGCGAGAAUGUCCGGAGACUAAAAUCAGACACGAUUACGAACCUGAACUCCCUUUGCCGCAAUGCAGAGGACGAGGAGGCAAACGAGGAGCUUUGGUGGAACAUGCCUGUCACAUUGAUGCGUACUAGUAGAAGGCAAGCGUCGAAUUCAUCUGGUCUGAUGCAACAAGAUGAAGUAGAAGGACAACCUACAACUGGGUCAAAUAAAGUUGUUCACGAAAUAAAGCACGAACGGCGUUUAGUUCGGCCUCGUUUUUUGGUGUGGAUGCAUUAUAAGGAACAGUUUAGGGCCUCCAACACAGGCAAGAUUCUCCUCCAGCUCUUUCCCGGAUCGCAGGCCUUUAUCAAUGGCGACCCAGAGGAAACACGACGAUUUAAAGCUUUGCUAGAAGAAGAGAGGAGUAGAAAGGCGAUCCUGCUCUUCCCUACUGAAGAUGCAUGCGACGCUGAAGACUUAGCAUGGUCAGACAUAUUCUUUGGGGACGACUGCUCGGAUGUUGAGGAUGAUCAUUGGGGUGAGACCAGCAGCGACACAGAAGCUUCCACAGAGGAUACCAAGAUCAGAGGUAACGGUGAACGUGCGGAGAAGGACCACCAGAAGAUCGAGUUUCUCAACAUUGUCCUCUUGGAUGGAACAUGGAACCAGGCACGAAAAAUGCUCAAAACGCUCUUCCCACGUGCGAAAACAAAGGCCAAGAACGUAGCUGCGAAUGCCGACAAGGCCAAGAUGAACAUAGCGAGGACGCUUACUCAUGCUGAUGCUAGCAGUGCUGACGACGAAACCAAUCAGCCGGGUCAUGCAGAAGAGAAAGUAGAGCAAGUAGUCGAACAAGCUGUGGUUGAAGGUAUCGAACAAGAGCAAGAGGACGAACAACAAGCCUCUGGUGCAAUAGAUUCUACGUGGUCCGCUUCGCCUUCACUAGGUGAUCUGCUUCUUCCAGUUAAGAUAUCGCCAAAGGAGCUCUCUCGUUUUGGUCUCCGGAGACAGACGCAGACGGACCGUAUAUGCACACUAGAAGCUGCGAUUAUGCUCUUACAGAGCGUUGGAGGUGAACAAGAGGAAGCCGAGCAUGAAGAGAAGAGUGGAGAUGGUGCUGCACCUGCAGUAAAACAUGAUCUUCACCAUGAUAGAAAUCAGUCGGAUCCUUCUGGGACAGGGACUCAUACUGUGACCGAGACCCCUGUGGAGCAGAUUUGCUCAGUUCUUUACGACGCCCUGGCGCUCCUCUGUGACGCGAUGGAGAGACAGAGCCAUAAGGACACAAUGCCCUACGUUGCCCCUCAGAAACACCAUAAGAAUGGAAACUCAAGGCUCCCUAAGAAUGCACAUGGUAGACAAAUCUAUGCCUAGAAGUAGGUGCUAAGCACUUUUCGUUUUUUCACCUUCUUGAUGCGCUUGCGCUCCUUAUCCUCUCAAGAGCUGCAAGUUCGUUGUAAAAGCCUCUGGUUGGGCUUGGAUUAAGUAUUUAUUGAUUUAGGUUCUAGCGGUGGCGCUAGUAG